AUGAGUAUUGUGUGCAUUCGCCUGACAGUCAUUGGGAUUCCCACAGUUCCUGGAACAGUGACUCUGAAGAAAGACUCCCAGAACCUGAUUGGGAUCAGUAUUGGGGGCGGAGCUCAGUUCUGUCCCUGUCUUUACAUCGUACAGGUGUUUGAUAACACUCCGGCCGCUCUGGACGGGACUCUGGCCGCCGGCGAUGAGAUCACAGGAGUCAACGGCAAACCGGUGAAAGGAAAGACUAAAGUAGAGGUGGCCAAGAUGAUCCAGGCAGUGCAGGGUGAAGUCGUGAUCCAGUAUAACAAACUGCAGGCCGACCCGAAGCAGGGCAAAUCUCUGGAUAUCGUGCUGAAGAAGGUGAAGCAUCGUCUGGUGGAGAACUUGAGUUCAGGAACCGCAGACGCUCUGGGACUCAGCAGAGCCAUUCUGUGCAACGAUGGUCUGGUGAAGAGGCUGGAGGAGCUGGAGAAAACCGCUGAACUUUAUAAAGGACUGAUGGAGCACACGAAGAGACUGUUAAGAGCUUUCUAUGAGCUCUCGCAGACUCACAGAGCGUUUGGUGACGUGUUUUCCGUCAUCGGUGUCCGUGAGCCACAGGCCGCCGCCAGCGAAGCCUUCGUGAAGUUUGCUGAAGCUCAUCGAAACAUGGAGAAGUUCGGCAUCCAGCUGCUGAAGACCAUCAAACCCAUGCUGCAUGAUCUGAACACGUAUCUGCACAAAGCAAUUCCUGACACCAAACUCACCAUCCGCAAAUACCUGGAUGUCAAGUUUGAGUACUUGUCGUACUGUCUGAAGGUGAAGGAGAUGGAUGAUGAAGAGUACAGCUGUAUCGCGUUAGGAGACCCGUUGUACCGCGUCAGCACCGGUAACUACGAAUACCGUUUAAUUCUGCGCUGUCGACAGGAAGCUCGCGCACGAUUCGCCAAGAUGCGCAAAGAUGUUCUGGAGAAAAUCGAACUCCUGGACCAGAAACAUGUCCAGGAUAUCGUGUUCCAGCUGCAGCGCUUCGUCUCAGGGAUGUCGCGCUAUUACGACGACUGCUAUGCCGUGCUGAAAGAGGCCGACGUGUUCCCCAUCGAGGUGGAUCUGUCCCGAACCAUGAUCAACUACAGCGCACAGAGUCUCUCAUACGAGGAGGAGGAGGAGGAGGAAGAGACGAGCAGAGGAGGAGAGGACGACGCUCCGCAGACUGAGAACGGAGCCGAGAAACUCAUCGACGACGAGUGAGUGAGCGAGCGAACGAAUGAAUUAUCAGAUGAAAUAAUAAAGAAAUCAAUGAAGGGAAAGUGAACGAUCUCAUUGUGACAGAAAGAACUACAGAUUGAGAGAGUAUGUUCAAUGUAAGAUGAUUGAUAAAUAAUAUGAAUAAAAGCAUUAUAUAUUACAUAUUUAUAUAUGAUAUCUAAUAUAAAAUUUCUAUAUUGAUAAACUACAUUUUCAAAUCACUGGUCAGACAGAAACGGAAUCACUGGUUGCCAUGUUACAUACUACAGAAUAGAAUGUUACCUUUGGUUGCUAUGGUGACAGAAUUGAAACUUUUAAUCAAACAUUCUUUGUUUUGGAGUCUUUGUACUCUUUGUUUCAAAACAUUUCAAAUGAACGGGACCUGAAGUUGAGUUGUCUGUGGUUUUGCACAACUUGUGAGUUUUUCUCUUUUCUGCCUUUGAAACACUGGAUGAAUGUCUUUAAAGAGCAGGUCAUAUGUUUUUUUUUUUUAAAGUGUCCUAAUAUUGUGUUGGA